UAUAACCCUUUGGCCGACCAGGUCUCGGUCGGAAGCUACAUGUAGUAUCCCUUCCGUCAUGGCGGACAGCGCAAUGUCCUCCAUUUUGGUCCUCGUCUCAUUAUUCUGUGCUAGACAAGCACAUGCUGCAUCAGUGGACAGUUGUCCUAUGUACGGAUGCCGUCCCUCGGGGACCUUUUCCUACGUUUUGGGUGUGACUUCUAAAGUCUCACUAGCCUGGUCGAAGAGUUAUAUACAAGGACCAUUGACCAAUUCCCUGGGAUGUACAGCAAACGCUGUCAACGUUGUUUGUCAAGCCAACGGAUUGCGGAAUGAGGGCUAUGUGACCUUGUUUCCGGACAAUGGUACAGCUGCCUGGUACGGAGACGUUUUAAGGAGACCUACGUUACCCAUUAUGGACAUCUAUGGGGACGUCAUCGGAACUGAUGGACACAACCUUGUGAUGUUCGACACAAACGGGAAAAUUGUGAAGCCACAAAUUAAUCUAGGAGAAAACCUAUACCCAACGUACAGUUUGACGUUGUCAGAGGAAAACGGUAUCAUCGCCAUUGUUUCACGCCAGGGAUUUUUAAUUACGAAAGAAUCAAACGGUGUGCCCCAUGCUGCCAUUCAGUUUCGAGCAGAGGAACAGAGAACAAACGGGACGUUUCUACCGGUGGCUCCCCCUGUCGUGUCCGGACAUAGAAUUUAUAUCCUUACGGAGUUCCGCCCCGAUUAUGACACACAACAGCCAAAUAUUCUCGGAAUGCAGCGACUGUUUGCAAUUGACAUGAAGAACGUAAUGGCAGGGCGUCUGGAGAUCGCCUGGGUCUUCAACUUCGAACGACUUAACAACGAAGAAGUUCCUCACUCUCACCAGGAAGUGAACAGUAUGUUUGAAGAAAACCGCAUAGACUCCGCAUUUGGCCCGGCACCUCAAAUCAUGGUGAACACCGACACAAACAAAGUAUACGUGAAUUUACCGCCACCAGAGGGCGCCACAAACGCGCCACAUCUUCUGUGGGGGUUCAAGGACGAAAUGAAUGGAACAUCUCCAGACCUACUUUUCAAAAUUCCACAGUCUCUAUCAAAUUUUGCCACGUUUGAAUCCAAUAGUUUUUCCAUUGAAGCCGAUAAGCGGAAGACAAAAAAUUUGAACAAAUCGUUUAAGUUCAAUAAGAUACCUGGAGAGCCAUCGAUAUGGGGUGUUUCAAAUAACAAGAAACAAAUCCUCAAGCUCAGUCCAGACGACGGAACCGUCGUUGAGCAAAUAAAUCUCGACUCCGUUCUCAAUAUGACGUCAUCAACUGUGACGUCUAAACUAAUGGUUGCAAGAAGUUCUGAAGGCCCUCAGGAUAUUCUUAUAUUUGGUGUUCAAGCUUCCUCAUCUAACACUGACUAUAUGGGCAAUGAGACGAACAACAACAACGAAAUGACCUCGACCCAGAAUUAUGUUGUUUGUCUUAUUGAGAAUACUGUUAAUUGGGUCAUGAAGACGCCAAACAACAGAGAGGUUAAAGGUCAAAUUGCCGGAAUUAGACGAUCAUCGGUCAAUAACGGCGAUAUGUUGGUGGUUUAUACUAGCGAUUCUGAGGGAUCGGAAAUUUUUGCACUAACAUUCGAAUAAAUUUAUCAUCACACACAUUUA